UGGCCUCACAAACUUUUGGGCUCAAGUGAUCCUUCCUGCCCCAGCCUUUCCUGAGGCUGGGACUACCGCCUCUGUACCACUAUUUGAUUGUAAAUGCAUCAUAAAGAGGCAGCCCAGAAUGAAGAAAGCAAGCAGGAGUGUUGGCUCAGUGCCUAAGGUGUCUGGGGCAAGUAAAACACAAACAGUAGAGAAAAUUAAGCCUGAAAACAGCUCUUCAGCAUCUACAGGAGGAAAAUUGGUAAAACCUGGAACUUCAGCAUUAUUGUCAAAGACCAAGAGCAGUGAUGAUCUUUUAGCUGGAAUGGCUGGAGGGGUAGCAGUGACUAAUGGUGUUAAAGGAAAAAAAAGUACCUGCCCAUCUGCAGCAUCCUCAGCAUCUGCCCCUGCCAUGACCACUGUGGAGAACAAACCCAAGAUCAACACAGGCACAACUUCUUCAACCAAGCGGAGCACUUCUGCAGGUAACAAAGAAUCCAGUUCUACUAGAGAAAGAGAACGUGAACGUACCCGACUAAACCAGAGCAAAAAACUACCUUCUGCAGGUCAGGGAGCUAACGAUGUGGCAUUGGCUAAACGUUCCCGCAGUCGCACUGCUAUGGAAUGUGAUGUUCGCAUGAGCAAGUCUAAAUCGGACAAUCAGAUCAGUGACAAAGCUGCUUUAGAAGCUAAAGUGAAAGAUCUUCUCACACUGGCAAAAACUAAAGAUGUGGAAAUUUUACAUUUGAGAAAUGAACUCCGAGACAUGCGUGCUCAACUGGGCAUUAAUGAAGAUCAUUCUGAGGGUGAUGAAAAGUCUGAGGAGAAGGAAACCAUUAUUGCUCACCAGCCAACUGAUGUGGAGUCUACUUUAUUGCAGUUGCAAGAACAAAAUACUGCCAUCCGUGAAGAACUCAACCAGUUGAAAAAUGAAAACAGAAUGUUAAAGGACAGGUUGAAUGCACUGGGCUUUUCCCUAGAACAGAGGUUAGACAAUUCUGAAAAACUGUUUGGCUAUCAGUCCCUGAGCCCAGAAAUUGCCCCCGGUAGCCAAAGUGAUGGAGGAGGAACUCUGACUUCUUCAGUGGAAGGCUCUGCACCUGGGUCAGUGGAGGAUCUCUUGAGUCAGGAUGAAAAUACACUCAUGGACCAUCAGCACAGUAACUCUAUGGACAACCUAGACAGUGAGUGCAGUGAGGUUUAUCAGCCUCUUACCUCGAGUGAUGAUGCCCUCGAUGCACCAUCAUCUUCAGAGUCAGAGGGCAUUCCAAGCAUGGAGCGCUCUCGUAAAGGGAGCAGUGGGAAUGCGAGUGAAGUGUCUGUUGCUUGCUUAACAGAAAGAAUACACCAGAUGGAAGAGAACCAGCACAGUACGAGUGAGGAACUUCAGGCAACUCUGCAGGAACUGGCUGAUUUACAGCAGAUUACCCAAGAGCUGAAUAGUGAAAAUGAAAGGCUUGGGGAGGAGAAAGUCAUUCUUAUGGAGUCCUUGUGUCAGCAAAGUGAUAAGUUGGAACACUUUAGCCGACAGAUUGAAUAUUUCCGUUCCCUUCUAGAUGAGCAUCAUAUUUCUUAUGUUAUAGAUGAAGAUGUAAAAAGUGGACGCUACAUGGAAUUAGAGCAACGUUACAUGGACUUAGCUGAGAAUGCCCGUUUUGAGCGAGAGCAGCUUCUGGGUGUCCAGCAGCAUUUGAGCAAUACUUUAAAAAUGGCAGAACAAGACAAUAAGGAAGCUCAAGAAAUGAUAGGUGCACUCAAAGAACGUAGUCACCACAUGGAGCGAAUUAUUGAGUCUGAGCAGAAGGGCAAAGCAGCCCUGGCAGCCACCUUAGAGGAGUACAAAGCCACAGUGUCCAGUGACCAGAUAGAGAUGAAUCGCCUGAAGGCCCAGCUGGAGAAUGAAAAGCAGAAGGUGUCUGAACUAUAUUCUAUCCAUAACUCUGGAGACAAAUCUGAUAUUCAGGACCUCUUGGAGAGUGUUAGGCUGGACAAAGAAAAGGCAGAGACUUUGGCUAGUAGCCUGCAGGAAGAUCUGGCUCACACCCGAAAUGAUGCCAAUCGAUUACAAGACACCAUUGCCAAGGUAGAGGAUGAAUACCGAGCCUUCCAAGAAGAAGCUAAGAAACAAAUUGAAGAUUUGAAUUUGACUUUAGAAAAACUAAGAUCAGAGCUGGAGGAAAAAGAGACAGAAAGGAGUGAUAUGAAAGAAACUAUCUUUGAACUUGAAGAUGAAGUAGAACAACAUAGAGCUGUGAAACUUCAUGACAACCUCAUUAUUUCUGAUUUAGAGAAUACAGUUAAAAAACUCCAGGACCAAAAACAUGACAUGGAAAGAGAAAUCAAGACACUUCACAGGAGACUUCGGGAAGAAUCUGCAGAAUGGCGGCAGUUUCAAGCUGAUCUACAGACUGCGGUAGUCAUCGCAAAUGACAUUAAAUCUGAAGCCCAGGAGGAGAUUGGCGAUCUGAAGCGCCGGUUACAUGAAGCUCAAGAAAAAAAUGAGAAACUCACAAAAGAGUUGGAGGAAAUAAAAUCACGCAAGCAAGAGGAGGAGCGAGGUCGAGUAUACAACUACAUGAAUGCUGUUGAGAGAGAUUUGGCAGCCUUAAGGCAAGGGAUGGGACUAAGUAGAAGGUCCUCGACUUCCUCAGAGCCAACUCCUACAGUAAAGACCCUCAUCAAAUCCUUUGACAGUGCAUCUCAAGUACCAAACCCUGCUGCAGCUGCAAUUCCUCGAACACCUCUGAGUCCGAGUCCUAUGAAAACCCCUCCUGCGGCAGCUGUAUCUCCCAUGCAGAAGCACUCCAUCUCUGCUUCCAGUCAUACAGCCAAAAAGAUUUUUCAUUUAGGGAAUGAACGAGCAGACUAUGGAGAAUUGUCAGUGUCAGAACAUCUGUUAAGAACAUCGUCAACUAGCCGACCUGCUUCUCUCCCAAGAGUACCUGCUAUGGAAAGUGCCAAGACCAUCUCAGUGUCUCGACGAAGUAGUGAGGAAAUGAAACGGGACAUCUCUGCACCUGAUGGAGCAUCGCCAGCCUCUCUUAUGGCUAUGGGAACCACAUCACCACAGCUGUCCCUGUCCUCCUCUCCCACAGCAUCUGUGACCCCAACCACUCGAAGCCGCAUAAGAGAAGAAAGGAAAGACCCUCUCUCAGCAUUGGCAAGAGAAUAUGGAGGAUCGAAGAGGAAUGCCUUGUUGAAGUGGUGCCAGAAAAAAACGGAAGGCUAUCAGAAUAUUGACAUCACAAACUUCAGCAGCAGCUGGAAUGAUGGGCUGGCCUUCUGCGCACUCCUGCAUACAUAUCUUCCAGCUCACAUUCCAUACCAAGAACUGAAUAGCCAAGAUAAGAAAAGGAACUUCACACUGGCCUUCCAGGCAGCUGAAAGUGUUGGCAUCAAAUCCACACUGGACAUUAAUGAGAUGGUACGCACCGAACGGCCAGACUGGCAAAAUGUGAUGCUGUAUGUGACGGCAAUCUACAAGUACUUUGAAACUUGAGCACACCAGGCGGAGCUGCCGCUGGCUGGGGCCCUCGGCAGUAACCAAGUGACACCAAUACCCUUAGCUAUGCACCCCUCAAGCUUUUGGCAACUCUGGGCUGUCCUGCAGCGUGUGAGCCUCAGCCUGGGAGCCUCAGCCUGGGACUCUGCAUAGGAAGAUCUUGGGCCUGUGGCCUGUGGCCUGUGAUGCACACCAGGGCUCCUCCACAUGGCCUGUCCACCCAGUGCACGUGAGCACAGCACGCAGCAUGCAGGCUGGUUUCCUUCUGAAGACGGAUUGAGCUCCAUUCGUGCCCAGGAUGUAAAAACAAAAGGCUCUUAUCCAGCUAAACUUUGGGAAAAGUAUUGGAUUAUAGGGGAUUCCUAGAGGUUGGUGAAAGCUUCAGCUACAGCACUUCUUGACUGUUAACCCUCAUGGGUCCCUUUGCUGGUGAGCACCGGGGGGAAAGUGGGUACCUGGCAAGUGUCUGCUCCCUAGUGCUGGGGCAGAGCCAGCCUUGCCCUUCACAUGGGUCUGUUUCUAGGAGUGUGUCACUGCAAAAUUGGGAAAGUCAUCCCCUCCAUGUGACAGAGCCGCCCUGGUCACCACCGUGUAGGAGUUUUGAAAUAGUUAAGAAAAGUGUAUAGAAGCACAGUGCAGGUGGUUCCACCUCAUAGCCUGCAGCUGGCUGAGUCCACACUAUGGCUGGACUCCUGUUGGCAGGAAGCAGGCAGGAUCCUUGCCUGGUGCUCGGCCGCCUGCCUCCAGCCCCACCCCUGGCUUGAGGCUUCUGAGAAGAGGGACUGAUCAAAAGGAGUUCUAAUUAAGAUUUUUGAUUUAUUAUGAGCAAUAUUGUGGAAAAUAGUUCCUAUUCUGUUAGUACCAAAGUUAAAUUGUUUUAAGCCAGGCAUGGUGGCACACACCUGUAAUCACAGAACUUGGGAGGCUGAGGCAGGAAGAUCA